GCAAAUAUUGAUUUUACUCCGGCCAACCUAGGCCUACAUCGGCCGACAUACACGCAAAAACAUAUAUGAGUGCAGUUUGGUAAUCACUUAAUGACAUGCAUGGAUCCUUGAAUAGAAAAGAGAUCUAUCAUAAAAAGAGAGUGGCUCUAAUACCACAGAGCGCUCCAGUUGGUUGGCAGAGGCUCAUAUACCACCACAAUAAAGCAAGGAGUCUGGAUGCCGGAUGGUCAUUUCCUAUGGGUUUAUUUUAGUCAGAUUUUUAUCAAUCCGGCAUUAAUCGUCAUAUCAGUUAUAGGCCUAUUUCAAGUAACCAUCGCACCCAGUGGAUCCAGCAUGCAACGUUGGGACUACGAGAAAAUGGCUGCGGACUCAUCCAGGUCGUAUGCUAAUGAAAAGACUCCUUCGACUGGAUCAGGGGAGGCAGAUAUAGCGGCUGAUCCAGCAAGUGGAGGGUUUUUUGCCACGGAUUACAAGAAGCAUGAAGAUCUUAAAGCAAUGCUGGAUGGGAAUAAAGAUGGGUUGAAGUUGGAAGCUAUGAAACGCAUUAUCGGUAUGAUAGCCAAAGGUAAAGAUGCAUCUGAUCUCUUUGCAGCUGUGGUUAAAAAUGUGGUCUCUAAAAAUAUAGAGAUCAAGAAGUUGGUUUAUGUUUACUUGGUUCGAUAUGCCGAGGAACAACAAGACCUGGCUUUGCUAUCUAUUAGUACAUUCCAGAAAGGACUCAAGGAUCCUAACCAGUUGAUCAGAGCAUCAGCCCUUCGUGUUCUCUCAAGUAUUCGUGUUCAUAUGAUUGUACCCAUCAUGAUGCUAGCAAUCAAGGAGAGUGUCAAUGACAUGUCACCGUAUGUCCGCAAAACUGCCGCUCAUGCCAUUCCAAAGCUUUACAACAUGGAUCCCGAACAGAAGGAUCAACUCGUAGAAGUCAUUGAGAAACUCCUGGCUGACAAGACUACACUGGUUGCUGGAAGCACGGUCAUGGCAUUUGAAGAGGUGUGUCCAGAGCGAAUUGACCUGAUCCAUAAGAACUUCCGCAAGCUCUGCAACCUUCUUAUUGAUGUUGAAGAGUGGGGUCAGGUCAUCAUCAUCAACAUGCUGACUAGAUACUCCAGGACACAGUUUCUAGACCCCAACAAAGCUGAUAUGAUACAAGAGGAAGCAGAGCGAUCUUUCUAUGGCUCGGAGCACAGUGAAGAUGAAGAUGAAGAUAAAGAAGGAAAGGAAGAAGAAGAGAUCAAGAAGCCUUACAUCAUGGAUACUGAUCACAGAUUGCUCCUACGCAGUGUCAAACCACUCCUCCAGAGCAGAAAUGCUUCGGUUGUUAUGGCAGUAGCUCAGCUGUAUCACCACAUUGCCCCUAAGAAUGAAGUUGGGAUCAUUGCUAAGCCAUUGGUCAGACUUCUCAGAAGCCACAGGGAAGUGCAAACUGUCGUAUUGAGCAAUGUAGCCACAAUGAGUGCCAACCGGAGGGGCAUGUUUGAGCCAUUCCUUAAGAGUUUCUUUGUUCGUUCAAGUGAUGCAACCCAUAUCCGUCUCCUCAAACUGGAGAUCAUGACCAACAUCGCCAGCGGAACAAGUAUUUCAACUAUACUUAGGGAAUUCCAGACAUAUGUGACCAGUUCUGACAAGGAGUUUGUGGCAGCUACUAUCCAGGCCAUAGGAAGAUGUGCAAGUAACAUAGAAGAGGUGACUGAGUCAUGCAUGAAUGGACUUAUGGGACUCAUGUCAAACAGAGACGAGGCUGUAGUAGCAGAGAGUGUGGUAGUGAUUCGUAAACUCCUUCAGAUGAACCCGACUGGACAUAAGGAGAUCAUACGUCACAUGACCAAACUAGCGGAUGCCAUCACGGUACCCAUGGCUAGGGCUAGUAUUCUAUGGCUGAUAGGAGAGUAUUCUGACAGUGUACCUAAGAUGGCUCCAGAUGUUCUCCGUAAGAUGGCCAAAGGAUUCAUCAAUGAGGAAGAUAUCGUCAAACUUCAGAUUCUAAAUCUGGCAGCUAAACUCUACCUGACCAACUCAAAACAGACCAAACUCCUACUCCAGUAUGUACUCAACUUGUCCAAGUACGAUCAGAACUAUGACAUCCGGGACCGCGCCCGUUUCUUCCGACAUCUCCUCCUCCCUGGUGAUAAGACAACAACAUUCUCUAAACAUGCUAAAAAGAUCAUCCUAGCCACGAAACCCGCUCCUGUCAUUGAGUCUGUCUUCAAAGAUCGGGACCAGUUCCAGCUAGGCUCUCUAUCUCACAUGAUCAAUUCAAAGGCUGUAGGAUACAUUGAGCUCCCUGACUUCCCAGAAGAGGCCCCAGAUCCAAGUGUUAGAGUUGUAGAGGAAGUGCUACCAUGGACCAGUGAGAAGGAGAAGAGAUCAAUGAGUAAGAAGAAGAGCAAAGCCAAGUCAUUCUAUUCCAGCUCUGAGGAAAGUGAGGAAGAAGAUGAUGACGACGAUGAUGAAACAUCAUCGGAAGGUAGUGAAUCAGGCUCAGAUUCAGAGAGCGAGUCUGGUUCCGAUGAUGACAAAGACGAAAGCAGUGAAGAGGAAGAGAGUGAUAUGGAAGACGAUAGUGAGAAUGCGUCAUCUGUGGAAGAUUCAGAGAAGAGCUCAUCAGAAUCGUCUGAAGAAUCCUCAAGUGAAGAGAGUGACUCAGAGAGUAAAGAAGAGAUCAAACCAGUCAAAAAGAAAACACCACAAAAAUCUAAAGUGAAGGAGGAGAAGAGUGGUAAACAGAAAGCUGAAUCAACAAUGCAACUUUUAGAUUUUGAUGAUUUUGGUCCAUCAGGAGAAUCGUCCCAGCCAGUAACUCCUGCUGGCCCCACCAGCAUUCUAACACCAACCCUAGCCAAAGAUCUUCAAGGACUAUCACUCAGUGACAAACCUCUGAGCUCAGAACAGAUGUCACAGAGUGCUAAGGCUGGUGGAAUAAUGUUCCCUUCUAAGGAGACCUUUGAGCUUCUAAAUCGAGUGAACAGUGGUGGUUUGUCAGCUACCUACCGAUUCCCUAGAACAACCUGUAUCUAUUCUACUACCAUGGUGGCUGUCGAGGUAACAUUCACUAACAACAGUAAUUCCAAGAUACAAAACAUUAGCAUAGGUGAGACCAAGUUGGCUGCUGGUAUGAAGUUACAUGAGUUUCCUGAAAUCACCAACCUUUCUGUAGGUCAAUCCACAACAGCAAUCCUUGGUAUUGACUUUAGAGACACAACACAACCUGCUAACUUUGAGAUCUGUACUGAAUCACGGAAGUUCAGUGUAAUAGUGAAAGCACCUAUAGGAGAACUCUUACAACCUACACAACUCAGUGAGAGAGACUUCCUUGCACAACAAUCCAAGCUUACUGGUAUGAAUGAACACUCUGAUAAGUGUGACAUAGAAGCAAGCCAUAGAGAAGAGAAAGAAUUAAUCAGAUGUGUUGGUGAGACAGCCAAUGUUCAGAUCGUCCCAGCCAGCGAUCCCAGUAAACUCACAUACAGGUUUUCUGGAAGGACAAUAUCCGCUGGAACAUCAGCCCUAUUGACAGUACAGAUCCUGAGCGAGGGAAAGGCUAGAAUCACUUCCAACUGUGAGAAGAUGGUUAUUGGUAACAUGCUGGUCAAAGACAUCAAGAAGGCUCUAGGAAAGGCAUGAUGUCAGCACCCAUAGCUUCAUCUACAUGUAGGAGUCUUAUACAUUUGUACUAGAGUCUAGAACAAACCCCUUACUGUUCAUCUUGUCAAAACUUAUCAAGAUCUCAGAUAGGCUUAAUGUUAGUAGUUGCAGCUUCGUAUACUGGAAGAAUUCAUGUACAGUGGAAAAUAAUCUGAAACAAUGUCUCCAUAGUUUUCUAAGAUAUCAAAAAACUUUAAGAAAGGCAUGAUUUUAGCAUGGUUAGGAAUGACUCCUUAAUACAGGAAUCUUAGAUUAUGUCUUAAACAGCCUUCCCUAUUGAUCUAGUUUAUCGAUUAUGCUCUAAGAAAGACAUGAUGUUGGUACCCAUAGCUUUACGUACAAAUAUUAGAUUAUAGAAGUUAGUCUUGAACAGCCUCCCCCUUCAUUGUACCUUGUUAAGGUUAUCAAUUAUGUUUUAACCCUAAAUCUCCCAGGGUAUUUUUAUUCUUGUCAUUCCGGGGGGGGGGGGGGGGGGGGAGAUCUCAGCCGCGGAUUGCGCGAUCACAGCGAAAAAUUUGCAUGAUGGUAGAGAAUGAUGUAAUCUAAGCACUUGCAUUGGUAAAUUUCACUGAAUUCAUAUAUUUUUAUUUUAUAUGAAUUAAUUAUGCUAAUUUAUUCAUGAAAUCAUACUUUUUGCUCUGAUUCACUAAAUAAAGCUCCUAGAAUGCUAUUUUUUGGUGAAAAUAUUCUUUAUAGCAUUCCUAACAAUUGUGAAUGAAAAAAGCCUGGUACCAAGACCGAUUUCUUAUGUAUUUUAUUGUUUUUUUAAUUUCUUAUGUAUUUCUUUGUUUUUUUACUUUUUGUUUUUUAAUUGUUUUUUCGAUGGAAAUCGUUCCAGACUUAAUUCUGAUCAUAACAAGGCAAAAUUAAUUAAGUUUAAUCAGUAAAAGUAGAAAUAAUGAUACAUUUAUAAAUUUUGGCUAAUACACAAUCUGCAUUGGAUUUGUACAUGAAAUCACGUUUAUGAGCAAUUUGGGGUCUGACAUGCACUUACAUAAUGUUGCGUAAUGUCGUAACCGCGUACUUGGGCGUCACAAAUUUGGUCUAAAAAUAUGCGCGUGACUUGAAAGUAAAAAGUCAGUGAGCGGCGAGGUCAAAAAAAUUUGUGCAGCAGAUAUAAUGCAAAAAUUGUCGAGGGGGGGGCCAUUAUUGCCCCCCCCCCCCCCCGGGAGAAUUAGGGUUAAGAAGGGUAUGAUGUGGAUCACUUGAGCUUCAUGUAUGAACCUUGGAUUACGAAACAGUCUGGAACACCCCCCCCCCCCCACUCUCUUAGAACUGCACCUUCUUGUUGGCGAACAAUACUAAACACCCUUUCUGCUUUUUGCCUGAUCUUGAUUGCUCCUUUCCAUUUUGCAUUUGAUGGCAAAAUUUUUAUGCUACCAGCCUAGGUUCCUGUCAAUCCUGUGUAAGCGAUGAAUUCCUACUCGAUAAUUAAUGGAUCAGGGAGCUAUUCAGAAUGGUUUGGUAUUGUGGUACAUAUUCAGUGCUCCAUAAGAUAUUAGGCAAUUAUAUAGUGAUGAUUGUGACAGUACCAUAAGUAUCAAGAGUCUUUGUUUUCUAUUCAUUUGCUAAAAAUGCUGUAAACUAAAUAGAAUAGCAUGAAUACAUGAAUUAUGGACACACUAUACUGCAUUCAUACUGUACUGCAUUCAUUGCUGGCUCAUCGCUUUUUUGUAUCGUUUAUUUCUAAUUUUCCAAAAAUAAGCAUUCAUUUGUAAAAAAAAAGUUUGUUGCGAUAGACUAAGAGGUUAUUCAUAUUUUCUGGAAAAUUCCAGUAAUAGUCUUACAAGUUUUAUAGUGUCAGCGUUCACUCAGCCAGUAUAGUAGAAAUUGUUUCUAUUAGGAUGUACUCAAUAUAGACCUUCUCUCAAGUCUGUAACUUGUAAAAAGAGUUUUUUAGAUCACAUAGUUAAAACUUCAGAUUUUGCACCACCUUAGAUUUGAAAACUUUAACAAAUGCACAUGUACUUUGUUUUUUAGAGUCAGAAGGGUGUUAUUCCUUUUAUGAAGAGAACCAGCACAUUUUUCUUGCUUGAAACAGAUGCCCACAUGUCAUUGCUCAGGUGUGAAAACCUUGUAUCUCAAAAUUAAGAAGGUAUUGAGGUCAGUUUAGAAAAUGUUGUAUGGUGGCAACAUUUUCUUGUCUGAAGACAGAUAUCCUAAUUCCUGUAGAUAAAUCUGUAGAAACAAAAGGGGGUUGCUAUUUGUGUCUACUUGUGUCAUAAGUACAAAACUGAUCUCUUUCUUAGCUGUCCUAAUAAAACUAAAUUUUGAGAUGUGAGGUUUAAACAGCCCAGCUAUUUCCAUACAGUAUUUCACAUGGACCAUUCUGCGAAAUCAUUCCAUGUUAUAGUAUAAUAUCAUUGUGAAGAUAUUUAUGUGCAAUUAUAUUGAGAAUGUGUCUCAUUUUGUGUUACAGUUCUUUAUUAUCUAUACUUUGUUGGUAAUUGUCUUAGCUAAAGCUAAAAAUAAAGUAUUUUUAAAAUUUAAUUCAUUCAAAAGUCAAAUGCAAAUAAAAUUCAAAUGUAUCCUAUUAUCAUAUGCCUCCAUCAAAAGCCUGAGAUAACUCUCUGAUUCAUAUCUCCGUGGUGCAAUUUAUGAGAUGGAAAAAUAAAUGUAAUUUGUAAUAUUUAGAUCUAAUAGAAUCAGAUCAAUGGUAUUAAAAACAAAAUCUGAUGGAAAUAUGAUUUUUUUUUUUAAUGAAGAAUUGAAAGUUUGUGCCUCUUUCCACAAGCAUCCGCUGAUCCUAAUGGUGAUGUAUGAUAGCGCACUAUUACACAGCUUGCAAAAAAUGUAUUCUACUGUCAAAAUGCCUGUUAAAUAUGUUCAUACUUGAUAUACUUGUAUUUCAUGGUAACGUUAUAUGUAAAUUUACAUAAUGUUCAUAAUUCAUACUGACUUCGAUCAUGGAUGAAUAAAUGACAUCCAAAAUUUGGGAGUUCAGUUCCAUUAAUUCUCACUAGUACUAUAUUUGAAUUGUAUGUGUUGUUGUGCUAGCUCCUCUUGUUAUUUCCUUUGUUUAAAGGGAUGACAUUAAAUUGCAGAGUACUUAUAAAUUAUGAAUAAAUAUAAUGAUAUAUAUCUA